GAUGCCGUCGUCUUCUGUCGCCGUACGAGUUCUAAUUUCAUUUCGGCCAAAUUCUGCGCCUCUCCCUUUUCCAGCUCGUGGACUUUGUGCCGGCGAAACGAAUGGGAAGUUGUUGCCCUAAUUUCGAUUCGAUCUAGGGUAUUGUGAGUAUGGAUGAUCUUCUCCUUUUUGGUUUGUAUGUCAUAUUAUAAAUUCUAAGUUGCAUAGCUGAUGUAGCUUGGCGUCCAAAGUCGCCCCUUUUUGCUCAUGCCUUAUGAAUUACGCAGGAAAUCAGUUUAUUGUUGUCACCGUUUUAAGCUGAACAUAUGUGAUCUCUUCUUGCAUGCUUUGGAUGAUGUUUUGGUUUGGAAAAAGUUGGACUUUUUUCUGCAUCGAGCUUUAGUAUUCUCAAUCUUUCGGAAUGCAGGUGGAUAAAAUUGUUGAAGCAUAGGUAGUUUCAGAUUCUCACAUUUGGUUGGUGUACUUCAUGUAAAAUCUCUUUAUGACCGGUAUAAAGCUCCUAAUUUGUGACAAGAAGGCUGAAUCCGGCAUGGCCAUGGAUAGGAAUAAUUCAACAGAACGAGACAUUGCCUUGGAUCUAGAAAGUUGCAUGAAUUCUGUGAAAAAAGAACAGGAAGGAGUAAAGGAUAUAGGAAUUCUGAGUAGCUUUGACAUUGAUGCAUUUUUAAAACCGGAGAGAGAUGGGCAAUCGGAACAUAGUCGAUCUAGCUCUUCUGAACAUUCUUACACAGAUGAGGAGGCUUUGGUUGACAAGAGGGUUGAACCAGAGGAAAAUGUAAGCCUUUUGGAGAAGAAAAUUGAACUUGAGAAGCCAAAAAAGAAAGGGCGCAAGAAGCCACCUAAGCCACCUCGUCCUCCCAACUCUCCGUCUCUUGAUGCUACUAACCAGAAGCUGAUGAAGGAGAUCGAGGAAAUUGCAAGGUUGAAGAGAGAGAGGAUUCAACGAAUGAAAAUCAAGAUGAAGAAUGCUAAAUCAACACAUUCUAAUAGCAGCCUUUGGGCCUUGCUCGUCACCAUUCUUUUCAUCCUUGUUAUAAUCUGGAAAGGAGUCUAUUCUCGAGGAAGCUACAGACUCGGCUUCUAUGGUACACCUGAAUCAUCAGCACAAAGUAGAGGUGGAUUUGUUUCCAUUCAGUUUUACAAGAACGUAUCGGCAAAUCUUCAUUCUCCGGCCUCAUCAGCUUCCCCCAAUAACUAGAACAUUAGUCAUGAUGGGUUGCAGAUGGAAAAGCUAUCAGGGAAGCUUUGAAUAACAAAGUCUCAGAAAUCAUUUACAUUCUUGGUGUUUUUUUCUUAGAUUCAAUAAGUCAAACUAUGUACAGAGAUGGACAGAAGUAGCCUCUUUCUUAAUAGAACAGCCGUGUUUAUGAAACA